AACCUGGAGGUAACAAAUGCAUGGACUAGUUUUUCUGCAUUGCUCUGAGACAGCAUGUGUCUGAUUUUAUUAAUAAUGUGUAAGUGAAAAAAAGCUGACCUUGAAAUUUGCUGAAUGUGGGAGUUGAAGGACAAAUCCUGAUCAAAUUGGACUCCUAGAGUCCAAGCAGAGGUGCUGGAUGCUAGACUGAUGCCGUCUGAGGCAGUUAUAUUAUUAGAAAAAGUCUCUCUGAGGUGUUAGGUGCCAAUAACAAUAACUUCAGUUUUUUCUAAGUUUAGCAGUAAGUAGUUUCUGAUCAUUCAGGCCUUUAUAUCUUUAAGACACGCUUCUAGUUUAGAUAACUGUCUCACUACUGCAAUACUGAUAAAUAAACUACAACCUCUAAACUACUAUCACAGUAUAUACUGCUGCCAUCACUUCAGCUUUACCUCCUCAAACAACAUCAAUCGUAUCAUUAUUACUAUUAUUACUGUUAUUAUUAUUGUUUUUGUGAUCUAUAUGUGGAUUUCUUGUCAUCUGUCUGUGAACUUUAAAAGAAAAUGUUAAACCUGAGAUGUUUGAUCACAGUCUCAGAGAGGAGGUGGGGUUAAAUACCAAGCUUUACCAAGUUUAUGGAUUACUGAUUACUGACUGAGAUAUGAAGAAGUCAAAGGUCACAGUCUGAGGGAACGCACAAACAACCCUCAGCAGCACACCUGUCCUGGUACACAGAGAGGCCAUGACCUCUGUGAGAAGAACCGAUCCGCCUCAGGAAACUAAAAGUCCAAACUCUGUUAACUUGCCUAAAGAUUUAGAGAAAAAGAAAGUCAACAAACACACGGUGAGUUUUUAUCUUUAUUAAUCUUCUGCUCGCUCUCAGACAGAGACUCAACUUUAAGGAGGAGUUUAAAACUGAACUCGUCUUCAGGUAGUCUACUCCUCUUUUUCAAUAAAACAACUGUUUUCAUGUGAGAUUUAAGAGAAAUCUUUUUUCUGAGCAAACAGAUAGAUACACUCCAAAGUGAGUGCUAUCAGAAACUCUUUAUUAGGAUGUAAACCAUUAGCAGAGGGUGAGUCAGAGGAGGGCCAUUAAAACACCAAUAAAAUAUGAAACAGAACAGCACAGUAAAAAAAAGAUGAAAUACAAAGCAUUUUCACUUAUUUAAUGUCUGUACUAAACAUCCUAAUCUGUAUAAAAAAAAUCAUUUUAUGCUUAUAGUUUCGUUAACGUUUUGUUUUUUCUGUAUGUAUUAGUUGAGUGGCCAUGUUUGGAAGAACGGGAGCCCUCAGUGGACGCUGCAGGUUUGAGUUCCAGCGUUGCCGCCCCCUCUCCUCCUCUGUGUCACCUCCUGAGCUCCCCAGACCCCAUUACCCAGCAAGCAGCGGGAGCAGGAAGUACAGGACAGGGCAUGGAGCGGGACCAAUGAGUUCAGCUCAGAUCAGCCAAAUUUUAAAGGCCAACGAAUGUAGCCACACCCUCCCCAGAGGCCCUGCCUCCCAUGGGGUUCUGGGUUUCCACAGUAACAUGUUACCAUCCAACCACCCUGGUGAGGACCGUCGGAGCAGCGCCACAUGCCUGCCAGGCCGAGGUGGCGUGCUGUUCGGCGUGUUCGAUGGCCAUGCAGGGUUGGCAUGCGCUCACACCGUCUGCCAGAGGCUUUUCUACUACAUUGCCGUGGCAACGCUGCCGCUGAGGAUGCUAGCGGAGCUUGAACGGGCAGUGGAAGAAGAACGUGCUGUACCGCCACUGCUGGAGUGGCAUAAAUACCCACAAGACCACAGCUGUCCCGACGGAGGUGCAACCUCAUUCCACAGCCUCCGAAAUUACUGGCAGGAGAGAUUGGAGGACGAGGAUGAAGAGGAGGAGGAGGACGACGAAGAUGAGGAUGCCGGAAAGGUUACAUCAGCGCUGGUCAAUGCUUUUCGUCGCCUAGACUAUGACAUAUCUGUGGAGGCCCAGGUCCACCUGUCCAUGUCUUCACACAGGCGUAUGUCUCUUCCUGGAGAGGGGUUGUCUCUUUCUUCCCCCCUCAGGGUGGCCCUGUCUGGCUGCACAGCCUGCGUUGCCCACAUCUCCAAUGGCGUCCUGCAUGUGGCUAACCUAGGUGACAGCCGGGCUGUCUUGGGUGUCCAGGAGUCAGAUGGGAGCUGGUCAGCCAUCAGCCUCACCAAUGACCACAACGCACAGAACCCAGAUGAGCUGCAAAGGAUUCUGGGAGAACACCCACCAUCUGAGUGGAGGACGGUGGUCCGCCAUGACCGCCUGCUGGGACUGCUGCUGCCUUUCAGGGCUUUUGGUGAUGUUCGCUUCAAAUGGAGUGCAGAGAUGUUGAAUCGAGUUUAUGAAACACGACCUGACGUGAUGUCUGUUGGAAACGAGGCAGUCAGGUCACAGCCGCUGCACUACCUGACCCCGCCCUACCUGAGCGCUAAGCCGGAGGUCAUCCGACACCACAUCAGACCCUCUGACAAGUUCCUGGUCCUGGCAACUGAUGGACUCUGGGAGUUGAUGCAUCGGCAGACGGUGGUCCAGUUGGUGGGGGAACAACUGACAGGUCUUCAGCAACAAGGACCCAUCAUCCCCAGUGUCGGCAUGACGCUUGGCAGCCUGCAGCGCCUCCUGCUGGAGAGGAAAGGGCGGGUUCUGUCAGUGCUGGAGGACCAGAACGCCACUACCCACCUGCUCCGCCACGCCCUCGGGGACGACGGGUAUGGAUCGGUUGCACCAAACCGUUUGGCCAAGAUGCUCAGUCUGCCGACAGAUUUGGCCAGGAGGUAUCGGGAUGACAUCACCAUCACUGUCAUCCACCUGAACGAGCUCAACCUUUAAUUACCUGCACAAACUUAUUUUAUAAACGGAGCAGGUGACCGAUCACUAUUAUUUUGAACUUUGUUUGUUACAUGAUCUUCUCUUCCCGUCUAAGUCAUUUGUCUUUAAAUAAACUUUGUUCUGACUUUU